GUGCCUUCUUUCUUUCUCCGCAUACUUAGACUCCCCGUCAGGAUGGCGGACGACAACCAUGAGAACGGCACCAGUAACGGCGAUGUGCCCGAGAUCGAGCUAAUCAUCAAGGCAUCGACCAUCGAUGGCCGUCGAAAGGGCGCCUGUCUCUUUUGCCAAGAAUACUUCAUGGAUCUGUAUCUCCUGGCGGAGCUGAAGACAAUCUCCCUGAAGGUGACGACGGUCGAUAUGCAGAAACCCCCGCCCGAUUUUCGCACCAAUUUCCAGGCCACGCCGCCGCCCAUCCUGAUCGACAACGGCGACGCGAUAUUGGAGAACGAAAAGAUCGAACGGCACAUUAUGAAGAAUAUCCCCGGCGGGCACAAUCUGUUUGUACAGGAUAAGGAAGUGGCCACUCUCGUGGAAAACUUGUUCAGCAAACUCAAGCUGCUGCUGCUAAACGCGAAGGACAAGGACAAGGAUCCCAAGUCCUCGUCGCUGAUGGCGCAUCUGCGCAAGAUCGACGAGCAUCUGGGUCGCAAGGGCACGCGCUUCCUUACCGGCGAUACCAUGUGCUGCUUCGAUUGCGAACUGAUGCCGCGAUUGCAGCACAUCAGGGUCGCUGGCAAGUACUUUGCCGACUUUGAGAUACCGGAGACUUUGGUACACUUGUGGCGGUAUAUGCAUCACAUGUACAGGCUCGACGCUUUCCUACAGAGCUGCCCGGCCGAUCAGGAUAUCAUUAAUCAUUACAAACUGCAACAGAGUAUGAAGAUGAAGAAGCACGAGGAGUUGGAAACGCCAACCUUCACUACGAGUAUCCCGAUCGAGGUCAACGACGAUUAGGCCGGACCUUCCUCAUCGAGUCUGAGAUCGCGUGACUUCGAUUAGACGUUGAGAUCGACCUUGCAUCGAAAGACG